CACAGAAAUGGAGAAACCCAAGAGCAUCAAGAACGCGAAAGCGUGAGAUUAUUGAUCAACCACCCGGAUAAAGAAAGAGAUUUGGAUCAAAUGGGCAUCGGCCAGAAUGCAGGAAUCUGCGUUGACGAGGUUCCAUUGAUGAACCCGGAUGAAAUCUUGGCCAUGCCUCCUGGCUGUAUUAACAGUAACAGCUGCGGAUUAUCUUCUUCUUCGUCGUCUUCAUCGUCCUGCGCUUCAUCUGGCGACGGUACUUCGAAGUUUCCGGAAGAGAUGGAGUUUCUGGAUGAUUUCAAGUGGCUUCUGUCUGACGGUGACAUCGACAAGAACAAGAACGCUGUCGAUACGAUGAACUUCUUGUGGGACAAUGACUUAGGCGACAGCUUGGAUUUUCUUCUGAAUGAUGAUUUUGUUGGGAGUGAGUGUCCAAAAACGGUUUUGGACACGUGGGCUCCUCUCGGUUCUCAUCUUCUUUAAUUUUAUUUUUAUUUAUUUUUUUCUGUUCUUGAAGUGGGGUUUUAACUUGUAAUUUGGUGUUGGUAAUUAGAGGUGUAAAUACAAGGAAUAAAGUGUGCAAUUGUGAACGUCGUUUUCCAUUU